AUGAUCUCAGGGGUCCUUUUAGUCAAGUGCUCCUCUGAUUUUACCUAAAGAAAUUCAGACACUGAUGAACAGAUCCUUAAAAAAUCAGUGCCAGAUUCUAUUAGUUUAGAGCAAAUGUUGAAAUAAGCUCCCCUGGACAACCAGCUGAGAGCAGAGCUUGCCAUCAGCAGAGAUCAAACAACUAAAGCUGAGGUACACUGAGUGAUUUAUUGCUCUACAGCUGAAUUCAGAGCUGGCAUUUCCUCCCACAAGAAGUUGACAGCAAACACAGAGCUGCACUGGGCAGCAGGGAACACUGUCCUGCAUAGGUGAAUGCUGGAGUGGAUCUUGCUGCUCUUGGUGUCACUCCCUGCAGCGGUGACUUUGGCACUUCACCCUACAGGGUGACCAGCAGCAGUACAAAGUCAAUGCAAAGGAGCUUUAUCCAAGAUACCACAGCUUGGAAGAGGGAUGGUCAACAGAAGAUGGCUUAUCCUCUUGCACCCAGCACAUUGUACUGUAUGUCAUUGGCUCAGGAUAAUUCAGGAUGCUCCUAGGUGGAUGCACAAUGGGAACACUGGUGAAUAAAGACCUAUGUAUAAGCGACUAGUGAAUGAAGACUUACAUGAAUCACAUCCAAGGAGAGCCAUCACCACCAGUGAGAAGAUGCUCUGCUGCCUGGUGGCUUUUUCUGGAGACCUCUCCCCUUAAGGGAUCGGCGGGUGUAUUUAUAGCAUGUUCUGCACUGCAGUGCUCUGCAUUGCAUCUCUUGGAGGCUGGGGAUCCAGGAUAAAAAUAAUUCUCCAGAAAUGAACAGCAGCUGGUAAUGCACUGCUUGGCUUCCUGAAGAACUUGAUUUAAGUCUCCCCACUUGUAAAACAAUGACAUUUCUCCUACUGUGUCCUAACAGCUUGUUCUGGGGGCUGCCACAGCACAUUGAAUCGCAUCACAUCAAUAAUAGGAAUCCAAUGAAGAUAUUUUUCUGUGCUCUCUGGUGGGUGCUGUUGGGAAUAACCAUACUUACCUCUCCAGCACAUUGCCUUGUUUUUAAGAUUGGACUGCUCGGACCCUGGAACUGUGAUCCCUUCUUUUCCAAAGCCUUCCCCCAUGCAGCUGCCAGGUUAGCAGUGGAACGAAUAAGCAAGGACCCUUCAAUAGAUCUUGGCCACAGGUUGGAUUAUGUGGUCCUGCAAGAAGAGUGUGAGACAUCAAGAGCUUUGGUUAGAUUCAUUGACUUUGGAAAGACUUCAUCAGCUUUCAUAGGCCCUUUGAACCCUGGCUUCUGUGAGGAGGCUACAUAUUUAGCGGAAAACUGGAAUAAAGCCAUCUUCUCAUGGACGUGCAUCAACUACAAACUGGAUUCUACCACCCGCCACCCUGCAUUUGCCAGAACCCUGCCUUCUCCAACCCGAGUUUUGUUUACAAUAAUGAAGUAUUUUCAUUUGGCUCAUGUUGGCAUCAUCGCUUCCAAUCAGGCUGUUUGGGUGGACACAUCCAACAAGUUAGCGAGUGCCCUCAGGAACCAGGGGCUACCAGUGGGCAUCGUUACAUCCGUGGGUAAGGGAGAAAAAGGCAUUGAAGACACUUGGAACAAAAUCAAAGAAGUCAGUGGCAUUAAAAUUAUCCUUCUGUGCAUGCAUUCGGUGCUCAUUGGAGGGGAGGAACAGGCCGCCUUACUCAAAAAAGCACAGGAAAUGGGACUAACGGAUGGAAGAUACGUCUUCAUUCCAUAUGACACUUUACUUUACAGCCUUCCUUAUGCAAACAACUCAUUCUAUGUCCUCGACAAUGACAGAAAGCUCAAGGAAGCUUAUGAUGCUGUGCUGACCAUCACACUGGAGUCUGGAAACUGGACAUUUUAUGAUGCAUUCAGGGAAGCUAAAGAAAAUGGUGAAAUAGCCAGCGAGUUAGAAGAUACGCAGGUUUCUCCACUCUUUGGGACAAUCUAUGAUGCCAUUUACUUCAUGGCACUGGCAAUCAACAGGGCUCAGAGGAAUGGAGCCUGGGUCUCAGGAGCUAAUAUAACAGAGCAUACAAGAAACGUCAGUUUCCAUGGAUUUAGCCACUGGGUAGAGACAGACAGCUGUGGGAAGUGGCUGUGCAACUAUGUGGUACUGGACACAGAUGGUCACGGGAGCCAGCUCUUCCCAACCCACUUGCUGGACAUGUCUUCAGAGUCUGUAAAUCCCCUAGGCCAGGACAUUCACUUUCCCAGUGGAGCCCCACCCAAGGAAGACUGCAGCUGUUGGUUUGAUCCAGAUGUUCUCUGCUCUGGAGGGAUUGAGCCUACAAUCAUGAUUUUGGGAGCAAUGCUGGUAUUUGCCCUGGUGCUGUGUGCUGUGGGCCUGGCUUAUCUCAUCAGGCAUAGCAUCCUGAACAGCCAGUUAUUCAGGGGGCCUAACAAGAUAAUAUUGACACUGGAGGACCUCAUCUUCAUUAACCCAGAGCUGCAUAAAAAGAGGCUAACCUUGGACAGUCUGACUGAUGCAAACAGUGUAGCAGCUGAAACCAGAAGCCAGAAAUCCACAGUCCACUCUGGUUCUUUGAAAAGCACAGCUGCCACCCAUGAAACCUCCAACGUGGCUUUGUAUGAGGGAGACUGGGUGUGGCUGAAAAAAUUUGAGACGGGAGCAAUUCACCACCUGCGGCAAAGCUCCACCAGCAUCCUGAGGAAGAUGAAAGAUCUACGUCAUGAAAAUGUGAAUUUGUUCCUGGGCUUUUUCUCUGACUGUGGCAUCUUUGCCAUAGUGACAGAGUACUGUUCCCGAGGAAGCCUGGAAGACUUGCUGAGAAAUGAAGAUAUGAAACUGGAUUGGAUGUUCAAAUCCUCCCUCCUGAUGGAUCUAAUUAAAGGAAUUAGGUAUCUGCACCACCGAGAUUUUGCCCAUGGACGUCUGAAGUCUCGUAAUUGUGUUGUGGAUGGCCGGUUCGUGCUGAAGAUCACUGACUAUGGUUACAAUGAGCUCUUAGAAGCCCAGAAAUGCCCUUAUAUUCAGCCACCCCCAGAAGAAUUGCUCUGGACAGCACCCGAGUUGCUGAGGGACCCAGACAUGCGCAGAAAAGGCACAUUCAAAGGAGACAUUUACAGCUUUGCAAUUAUCCUACAAGAAGUUGUUGUUCGGGGCCCACCAUACUGCACUUCAGACCUCUCAGCUGAAGAAAUUAUAAAGAAGGUGAAGAAACCACCUCCCCUGUGCCGCCCGAACAUAGCCCCUGAGAUGGCCCCCCUGGUGUGCAUCCAGGUAAUGAAGCAGUGCUGGGUUGAAGCCCCUGAACGACGUCCCACCUUUGAGGAGGUAUUUCAUAAGUUCAAAACCAUCAACAAGGGCAAAAAGACCAAUAUAAUUGACUCAAUGCUCAGAAUGCUUGAACAGUAUUCAAGCAAUCUGGAAGAUUUAAUCAGGGAGCGGACAGAAGAGCUAGAGAUUGAAAAACAGAAGACAGAGAAACUCUUAUCACAAAUGCUUCCUCCAUCAGUAGCAGAAGCCCUCAAGACUGGUGGCACUGUGGAGCCUGAGUAUUUUGACCAAGUCACCAUCUACUUCAGUGACAUCGUGGGCUUCACAACCAUUUCAGCCCUCAGUGAACCCAUUGAAGUAGUUGACCUCCUGAAUGACCUUUACACUCUGUUUGAUGCUGUUAUUGGAAAUCAUGAUGUUUACAAGGUAGAGACCAUUGGAGAUGCCUACAUGGUUGCCUCAGGGCUUCCAAAACGGAAUGGAAACAAGCACGCUGCUGAGAUAGCCAACAUGUCCCUGGACAUCCUCAGCUCGGUGGGAACAUUCAAGAUGAGACACAUGCCAGACAUUCCCCUCAGGAUACGAAUAGGCCUGCACACAGGGCCCUGUGUGGCAGGUGUGGUGGGCCUGACCAUGCCUCGGUACUGCCUCUUUGGAGACACAGUGAACACAGCAUCGCGAAUGGAGUCCACGGGCCUGCCUUAUAGAAUUCACGUCAGCCAAAGUACGGUGGAUACACUUCGGUCUCUAAAUGAAGGCUAUGCAAUCGUUCCUAGGGGAAAAACAGAACUGAAGGGUAAAGGAGUAGAAGACACAUAUUGGCUGGUUGGGAAAAAAGGAUUUCUGAAGCCCUUACCUAAACCUCCUGAAAUAAAACCAGGCCACAACUGGUCAGGCAUGUUGACCAGGAAACUGAAAUUUGUACUGAGGAACACAAAGAGAACACUGACCAAAAGAACCUUUAAAGAAAUGCGGAGCAUAAAGGAAGCUGAGAUAAGUAUUGAAGAGGAAGAUAUCUAAGAAGAGCACAACAAAGAACUAGAAAGACUGGGAUGGAUCCUCUGAAGUCAAGCCCAGCAGAGAAGCCCACGCCCUCCAUUUAAUUCCCUUGAGAUAAAGCAAGUAGAAUUGCUACAGCCUCAUAACUUUUGCAGGUGGAUGAAUCCUGACCAUCAUUUUUUGGUUGAAACUGGGCCCUGGUUCAUCGUGAUUUCACUUGUGCAAUUUUGGAAAGAGAGAAAUGGUGGUGGUAGUACCACUCCUUCAUCAGCGUUCCAGUUAGUCAGAAAUUGUAGAACAGGCUAAACAUUUUGCAAUAAAUAGAUUUGUUGUUGCUGUAGGAAACUCUGGUUUCAUGGGGAUCAGUACAAUUCACAAGGAAGUGUUUUUCACAACAAUGACGAAAAGAUGUUUUACUCCCCCACAAAGGCAAAUUUUGAAUCAAAAUAUUUUGGUUGCUGUAUGUCAAUUUAAGCUGAAACAGUUUCUUUUAAAUUGACAUUUCAGUGGCAAAUGCUGUUUUAAUGUUAUCUUCAAACUGAAAUGACAGUUUUGAAACUAAGCAGUUUGGCAUGAACCAAUAUUUGUUUCCAAAUGCCAAAAUGUGAUUCUGAUCAAAAUGUCAAAAUGUGUCAUCUUUGCAAUUCCAGAUCUAAACUGAAAGACCUUUUUUUUUCUUGCUUUGUACACACGCCUACAUACUAUACCUAAAACAUUUUGUGCUCGUCAUCCCAAAGGAGGAUGAAGAGAGAAUAUCAAGGUAUUGGAAAAAUGAGACGCAGAGAAUGCUGUUCCGCAUUCCUUUAGGUGAGUGAUUACAAAGAGACGUGAAUUUUCUUAACUUAAAAAGUGAGGCUGAGAGAAGGACAAGUCCAUCACUUAAUCAAUAAAAAAAGCCAGAAGCAUCACACUCUUUUUCCUCCCCAUUCUCUAAGUAGUUUCAAAGCCACUGGUGUUCAAAGUAAGCCAUCAGAGAGCAAAAGCAGCUUUUUGCCAAGGGCCAGCACUUGGCUAGUAGGCACUGCCCACAGAGCACUCUUCAUCAUUGUCAGAUACUUUUGUUGUUGGCCACUUCUCUGCCCAUUUUUUUUACUCCUGUUCAGCAUCUGGCUUCUAACAAACUUCUGCGAAUUAUUAAUGUCUCUCUUGCCAGGCUGCAGAGAACUGCAGAUGUGGUAAUUUAAUCAAUAUUACCACCAGAAGGUGCUCACUGAAAGCACUGAGACCUUCCUCAAGCCCAAUUUAAGCUCUUCUCAACAAAGGACCCAGGACAGGUCUCUACCAGUUAAAUGAUAAAUAACAAUCAAUGACCCUCUUAGGUUAUUGAAGAUAUAUUUAUGAAAGAAAGCAAGCCUGACACACAAAGCUAGAGUUACUGUAAGAGCAGCUAAUUCUCUACAGCAAGUAUAACACAUGCAUUGUCAAAGUUGUUCAUGCUAUGACUAUUAGUGAAAAUGGGAGGAAAUUUCAUUCACGCACUUAAAAAUCCAGAUUUUACUCUGUGGCAUUGGUCUUUCUGUCAGUAACUGUUGGCUGUUUUGGAUGAAAGCUGGUAUUCCAGGUGGGAGAAGCUGGCACUUGGAAGAUAGCUGUCAAAGGGCUGAUAGGGCACUUCAGUUGUCCAACAUUGCUGAGGUGAGCCUUUACCUUCUGAGUUCUACUUGCCCAUCCAGUCAUAAAUUCAUCCAAGAAUAACCUGCUGUGGAAGGAGGCCAAGCAAUUCUCUUUCAAUGUACCUCGAUACACAUUUCCAGGGAAGGAUAUCAUCUGUGUUGCUCAGUGCAAAUUUGAGUUGAAAAUCAGCUCAUGUAUAUUUUUCAUAAUUUUCUCAUGUUAAAAACAUUCAUCAGAGCUGUUCUGUUACACAGUGGUGUGGCUUACACCAACUUUCCUCUUGUCUAAAGACACUUCUCAGAUGUCAUAGACAGAAAUGCAUGUUUUCUGUGGGAGACUGAUGAUCUUCUCUACCCUUGCUCUUGAUGUGGCAUUUCCUUCUGAGUAAUAGCUGGACACUGGGUUUGCCUUGUGUAUGACUCUGUGUAUUCAAUCCUGGCCUCCCAAUGAAGAGAAACACCCACGGGAACAUGACAAAGUGGGUGGCUACCCUGCCCAUGGUGGGGGGUUGGAACUGGAUGAUCUUUGAGGUCCCUUCCAACCCAAGCCAUUCUCUGAUAGGAAAAUUAUCUAAAUAUAGCUCUGUAAGGUGCAGUCACAUAUUCGAGAUACCUGGGAGCUACAGGAAUAUGCCAUCAUCCCUCCUGAAAGAUUUCCAUUGAUCCAUUUAUAUUAUAUAUAUAUAUAUAUAUAAUAUAUAUAAUAAUAUAUAUAUAUAUUUCUGAUAUAUGUUAAAGAUUGUAAAUGCAUGACGAAAAAAACCCAACGCAAUAAGAACUAUAAAACAACUCUUCAGAUGACCACAAUGCAUAUAUCCCACCUUUAAAUAUCUACACAUAUGCAUGGAUACAUAGAUAUGUUUCAGAUUUGGGAUAUCCUGUUUUUGGUUUCAUACUUACCCACUAAAAAUGAUCUUCUGAGUGAUUUUUUUUUUACUGCAAGAAGAGAUAUUUUAAAGAAAAUACUCGACAGCUGUAAACUUUUUCCAGCUGAAGAGCGUUUGUACAAGAAGAUUUCGAUCUGCCCUUCUGCACCCAGUUUUUGAAUUCUUUCUUCAGUCUGUUGUCUUCAAAAAUAAACAGCAUUCUUUGAAUUAAUUAAAAAAAAAAAACAUUCAAUCUGUGGGAAAAGGGAGCAGAAAAGCAAAGUUAUGGUCACUGACGACUUGAGUAAUCCCAAGAUAAUUCUGAAUUCACUUUGAAGCCAGUAGUGUUUUUUUAACUCUUAAUUCCAACAGGAAGAGGCCAAGGACUCAUCCCUAAGUGUGAUAACCUCUGCUGUUAAAAGGCUGUAACACACAUUUAUAAUUUCCUGACAUUGUUCUGCUUAGACUAAGUGUAAUUAUUGCAUCACACUCUUUUCUUGUUAUUUUGCUCCUAAAAUAGUGUUUGGAUGUUAUAAGAGGAAGGCAUUUGCUGGAAGUAGCAAAUGUAAGAUUUCUGGCUCUGCAGCCAACAUAUCAGGUGACUGUGGGCAGAUCACUUGGUUGAUUUCUUGGACAGUGAGGCAUGCGCUCAAGAAACCAUUCUCAACCAGUGACUGCAGGAAGGUUUACUGUUCAUGUUAUAGGAUAAAUGUUAACGUAGUCAUGCAAAGCUGCUGACAGCUGUAGGAGGUACACUUGUGUCCAAUAUACACCGUCCAAAAUUAGUUUAUAUUUCCUAUAGGAUCUACAGUAUUUUUAACAGUGAAUUAAAUCCAAAUGACAAUAAAAAUCUUUGGAGACCU